ACAAAUUUAAAAAUGUUAAAUUUUAUUUUGUGCAGUACUUGUUUUUUUUUUAAAUUCAAAUAGCAACAAUUCCUAAAUAUUUGUCCGUUAAAAUUUCAUAAAACAAAGAUUAUUUAAUCGGGUAUUUCUUUUACUGUUUAACAAUUGGUCAUUGGUCAAAAGUUGGUCUUUUGCAUUCAACUCUCUGCUUUUGUUUCUUUAUGAUUUAAGUAUUUCAUCUUGUGAACUAUGUGGAAAUUGAAAAGCACCAAAAAAGAGCAUAUAGAGCAUUUCAUUUUUGUUGGAGAAGAUUGUAUUGUUGGUCGCAAAGAUUCAUCGUUAUUAAUAUCAAAUGAUCCAUCCGUUAGUCGCAAGCAUGCUGUCCUGUAUGUCAAUCAUUCUGUUGAAAAUUUGGUUGACCCAUCUAGGAAAUCUUCCUUAUUUUUGAGGGAUGAAGGCUCCAAAUAUGGAACAUUUAAAAAUGGUGUUAGAGUAACUACUGAAGAAGAACUGGUAGAUAGUGAUGUCAUAAAAUUUGGACAGUUUGAAAGUGAAUUCAGGGUUCAUUGUGUUCCGUUAGUUGUUACAACUUCAUGUCUUGAUGUCUCAGCAAAGAAUAAAAUUCGUAAAAUCAUUUUCAAACUUGGAGGCCAUAUCGUCUCUGAGUGGCAGCCUUGUUGUACUCAUGUUGUGAUGUCACAAGUAAAAGUUACUAUCAAGGCUUUAUGCUGCUUAUUAUCUUGCAAAUCAAUUGUUUUGCCACAAUACUUUGAAGAGUUAGAAGAAAGCUUAAGCUCUUCAGCUACAGUUUUGUCUACCAGUAGGUUCAUUCCUCCCCUUGGAGAAGCCCUCAUAGAUAAGGAUCAAGUUUCUUUUGAUGUAAAUCCUCUCAGAAAAAAUAUUUUUAAUGGAAAGACAUUUUAUUUCAUGGAUGAAAAACAGUUUAAGAAAUUACAUUUGGGAAUUGUGCUUGGGGGUGGCAAAGCUACAAUACUAAUGGAUGACAAAGCAGAUCCCACUGUUCUUUUAAGGGAAGGGUCUUGCUUUAUAGAGCCGGUGAAAGAUCAAGUUGUUACAGAGAAAGCUAAAAUUUUGCUGAGAGAUAUUAUAUGUGCCUUGCAAAAAAAAAGUCUGAGAAUGAUACCUGAAUCAGACAUUGGUUUAGCUGUUGCAUACUGUUCUACGGAAAAAUUUUGUAAUCCAGAAUUCAGUCUUGGAGCAGCGAUGUUGGGUAGUCAGAGAAUUUAUUCACAGACUCUUUCAGAAAGAGAAGUAUACGUUCCAGACACAGAAGAAAAAACUUCGAGAAUGGCUGAUUCUGAAGUAGAAAAGCCACCAAAGAGAAGAAAAGUGGAGCAGGAAAGCAGUCUAAAUUUAACAUCAUUUAGAGAUGAAGAUGAUGUUGUAGAAAUACCUUUAUCUGUUCAAGUAAAACAGGAAUUGGAUGAUAUAUUUGAAAUAACAUCCGAUAAUGAAGAUAAAAAUAUUACAAAACCAACAGACUUAACAACACCAUUGCCUUCAACAUUGCAACUUGAUUCUGAGAUCCAAAUGAAUAAAACAUCAAGAACUGUUCGAGAACAGUUAACAUCGAGAAGCUCUGACAAAUCUAACUUAAAAAAUCUAAAUGAGUUGACUGUGCAAACUAAGAAAAUAAUUCCAAAAGUGGAGCCAGUUUUGAACGCAAACAAUGAAAAUCCUUCACACAACCAAGAUUAUGAUAAUUUUGAUUUCCCUGUGAGUUCUGCCAAGAAAGAUUUACCUACAGUUGUUAAAAAGUCUUCUAAAAAAAAUUCUUCUGAAAAUGGGUUUCAUUCUGUACAAAAAACUUCUGUUAUGGAAGAAGAUUCAGACCUGCCUUGCAAUCUUGCACAAGUCAAGUUUGUGGACUUGAUUUGUAAAAAGUUAUCUGCAUCACCAAAUAUUAGAAUCAGGGAUUCUUCAGUGAAGAACUUCAAAAAAUUUAAAAAGGUCUAUCCUCUGAAAGCACAAGCAUUACCAAGAAUAAUUGGUAUUCAUGAACUGAUACCAUAUGAUCGAGAUACUGUGAAAAUCUGCAAUGAGGAGUGGGAUAAUCCUGUGGAGGAGACUGUACAUCAGCCAGUGAAAGGAGAAUUUGAUUGGUGAAUACAUACAGGAUGAUUCUAAUGCUUAUCUACCUUGUAUCAUUGAACAUUUGGAAUGUAUAUUUGUAAAUUUUACAACUUGUACAUAAUUUUAAAGGCAUCUGGUGUACUGUAUUUUAUUCCAUUCU